ACGGGUUGCUAUAGAUACCGCACGCCGGCUUGACGCUGUCGGAGAUUGUGGCUCGUCUCGGUCGCUGCAGCCUGGUAGGAUUUACCUUUUUAACUGCAACAGAGAAGCAGGCUAAUAUGGCGAGCGUCCUCGGACCGGAUCAGCUCCUAUAGAACCAGGCCCGGGCUCUCUGAAAGGCUUGUGGCCCCGCCACGGACCCCAGACAACAUGCGCGGACCAGCGGACGCUGAGCGGGCAGAGCACGGGGCGAUUGACGCUUGACCGGGAGCUACGUGAGAGCCGCCGCCGCCGCUGACGGACUCGGCUAGCCGGCUGCUAACGACGAGAUGUCCGCGGAGGGAAGCGGCACGAUCCGCACGCGCAUCAAGAACCUGCUGCGCUCCCCGUCCAUCAAGCUGAGGCGGAGCGGCGCCGCGCGGCACAAGAACGACCUAAGCGGCAAGGUGACGUUGGAGAAGGUUCUUGGGAUCACAUCUCUAGGAAACCGAGCGCUGGCCUGCGACCCCCGCACUGGACUACUGGCGUAUCCUGCUGGGUGUGUCAUCGUCCUGCUGAAUCCUCGCAAGAACAAGCAGCAUCACAUCUUCAACAGCUCCAGAAAGGCGAUCACCACAUUGGCGUUUUCUCCUGAUGGGAAAUAUGUCGUGACAGGAGAGAGUGGUCACAUGCCAGCAGUUCGGGUCUGGGAGGUGUCGGCCCAUGCUCAGGUCGCAGAGCUGCAGGAGCAUAAAUAUGGCGUGUCCUGCGUGGCGUUUUCCCCUAACGGGAAAUAUAUCGUCAGCGUGGGCUACCAGCACGACAUGAUGGUCAACCUGUGGAACUGGAAGAAAAACAUCGUGGUUGCAGCCAAUAAGGUCUCUAGUAAAGUGACAGCCGUCUCCUUCUCACACGACAGCUCCUAUUUCGUUACCGCCGGCAACCGACAUGUAAAGUUCUGGUACCUGGACCACACCAAGACCUCCAAGGUGAGCGCCACAGUUCCCCUGCUGGGGCGUUCAGGGCUUCUCGGAGAACUGCGCAAUAAUUUCUUCAGCGACGUGGCAUGUGGCCGGGGCCGACAGUCCUCCUCUGCCUUCUGCAUCACUUCCUCAGGGCUGCUGUGUGAGUUUAACGACCGAAGGCUCCUUGACAAGUGGGUGGAGCUACGGAGAAUCGACUCUGCCUCUACGUCUCAGGCCACCUGUCUGUCUGUCACAGAGGAGUUUAUCUUCUGUGGUUGUUCUGAUGGGACGGUGCGAGCCUUCAAUCCCGCCAACCUGCACUUCCUCUGCACUCUGCCACGCCCACACUGCCUGGGCGCUGACAUAGCCUCUGUAGUCGAUGCCAGCCAGCUCUUCUCCUGCAGAGAAGAUUCUCGUUACCCAGACACUGUAGCUGUGACCUUCGACCCCACUAACCGCUGUCUGUCCUGCGUCUACAACGAUCACAGUCUUUAUGUUUGGGACGUCCAGGAGCUCAUCAGGGCAGGGAAGCUCUACUCAGCCCUCUACCACUCAACCUGUGUGUGGGGCCUCGAGGUGUGCAUGGAGGAAGGAGGAGGAGGUGAGGUGCAGCUCCCCCCCGGCUCCUUCUUAUCCUGCUCCUCUGACAACACCAUCCGGCUGUGGAACGUCGACAGACACAACGUCCUCCGCAGGAACAUCCUGAGUAACGACCUGCAACAGGUCCUCUAUGUGGACAACAAUAUCAGCAGCCUGCUGGACAUGGACAGCAUCAACGUUGCCUGCGCCAACUCAGAGAAGACGGGGCCCACUGUGUCGGAGGCACAGCAGAUGGAGCAGAACAGAAUGGGCAUCAGAACUCUGAGAGUCAGUCCGAGUGGAAAACACCUCGCCUCUGGAGACCGCAUGGGUGUCCUCAGGAUCCAUGAUCUGGAAAGCAUGGAGGAGAUCCUGAACGUUCAAGCUCACGACUCAGAGAUCCUCUGCCUGGAGUUCUCUAAACCAGAUACCGGUCUCCAGUUGUUAGCCACGGCCAGCCGGGACCGUCUGAUCCAUGUUCUGGAUGCAGCCAGAGAGUACAGCCUGGUUCAGACUCUGGACGAACACUCGUCCUCCAUCACUGCCCUCAGAUUUGCUGCCCAUGAGGGGAAGGUGUGGAUGAUCAGCUGCGGAGCCGACAAGAGCGUCUACUUUCGUACUGCUCAACAGAUGGGCGAGGGUUUGGAGUUCACGCGGACGCAUCACGUCGUCAGGAAGACCACUCUGUACGACAUGGAUGUGGAACCGACCCGGAAGUACGCAGCGGUGGGCUGUCAGGACCGUAAAAUCAGAAUCUUUAACAUCGGGGAUGCUAAACAGAAAAAGGUGUAUAAAGGUUCUCAGGGCGAGGAUGGGACCGUUAUUAAGGUGCAGAUCGACCCGUCUGGACUCUAUAUCGCCACGUCUUCUUCAGACAAGAAUGUCUCCAUAUAUGACUUCUUCUCUGGAGAAUGUGUGGCCACCAUGUUUGGACACUCAGAGAUCGUAACAGGGCUGAAGUUCAGCACUGACUGCAAACAUCUGAUCACCGUGUCAGGAGACAGCUGCAUCUUUGUGUGGCGUCUGAGUCCGGAGUUGACCAUCAGGAUGAGGCAGCGACUCGCUGACCUCCGACCUCCCAGCGCCAUUCCAAACUCCCACGGUGCAUCUGAGCAGAAGGCUGUGAAGCCCGGCAGAGCCACGCCCAGUCCUUGUGUGGUCAACCUGUCAUCUGACAGCGAUGCAGAGGAAGAAGAGGGAGGGAUCAGCACAGACAGCCCGGAGGAGGUCACAGAAGUGUCCAAUGAGAUGAACAGCAGAGAGAGCAGGAACGAGACCUCCGAGGCUCGACUCCCUCGUCGACGAUGGUCAAGGAGGACGGCGAGCGCCGGUGAUGCCCUGACGGUGAAGUCCAUGUUAGACCUGCGGCUGCUGGACUCAUACUGCCUGGAAACUGGAGAGGAGCAGGAGGAUGAGAAGCCAUGGGCCCACAUUGAUACCUCAUGUAGCCUGAGGAGGAGGCAGGAUGUAGAGCCGGUGAUUCAUCGGAACAGUGAACUGCAGAGUACAAUUAGUCUUCAAGUUCCCUCUGUGAUGGGAGAUGAAGAAGUGAAGACCAAUCAGAGGCCAGACUUCAUUCUGCUGUCCCGUCAGAGCCUAAACGGAGAGGAUCCGGUUCUAUUUCCUGACACAUGCGAGGAUAGAACGAGCCUGGUGGGAAGUGACUUCCAGGUGAAGGAGGCGUGUCCCUCUGCUGCACACAGGCGGCAGGACAAACCCAGCCCGGACAGCGGCUGCUCCCUCAGAUUCGGCUCCACCCUGUCCAGUCCAGAGAGACCAGCUGCAGAUGAUACAGAGCCUACGGAAGGGAACUCCUCAGACCUGGAGAUGGAGGAGGAGGAGGAGGAAGAGGAAAGACAUGGAUGCGGGGAAGACAAGACGCCUAAGGUGGUCCCUCAGACUCCAGACCAGGAGGCUUUCCUGAAGGAGCACUUUGUUACCCUGGCGCAGCUGUCUGAGUCAGGUGAUCCGAGCAGAACGCAUCACGGCUCCAGUGAGAAUCUCAGCAUCUCGUCGAGGUUCCUCUCCCAGAACUCAUUUGGAAGUCGGGCUGACUGUCCUCCAGUGUGGACCAACCAUGGAGGUGUAGGAGAGGAGAAGGCCGGACCACUGCUCUCUGAAGUCCAGCCCCUGAUGGAUGGGAACCAAAGCCAGACACGAGAAAGACAGGAGUCAUUGGCCAAUGACAAGGCCUCAAAGACUGAUCAGGACCAAUCACAGCUUCCUCAUGCCCAGAAUCAGAGUGGGCUCCAGGGGGAGAGAACAGGGACCACCAACUUACCCAGCCUCCAUUCCAAGAUCUCAGCGCAGAAGGAAAAAGUCCAAACCUCAGUGGAGCCCAGGAGGAACCAAGACCUGGAGGUCACUUUAGCUUCCUGCCGCCUGAGCCCUGGACUGAAGAAGGCUCAGUCAGUCCACAGCCUGCUGAUUGGCUCAGGAGACUCUUCAGAUUCUCAGCAAGUCUUUUGUCCAUCCAAAGAGGACCACCACCCUCAGCGUCCCACCACUCUUCCCUCGUCCCCUAGAAAGCCCCUGUCCACAGCACAAUGCCUUCCAAAGCCCAGCGCCAUCUCCCCACGGUCCCCCCAGCAGGAGAGUGCCCCAGCCACACCGAGGAAGUCCUCCUCAUCCUCGUUGACUACAUCAGCGCCACGUUCCUACAUGAACCCCACCGCCAGCUUCAUGGCCAAGAUGUCCCGCUCCGUCUCCAUCGGCGACAACCUCCACAUCUCUGAACCCGCUGAGGAUCCAACGGUGGCGCCCCCCUCACCAGCGCCUCAGAUCAAAGACACCACGCUCCCCCCUGUUCCUGUGCCGCACUCCAACGCCUCUCUGGCCACGCCCCUACAUGCUGCCAUCGCCCCCGUUGUUAUCUCUUCCUCCACCUCGUUGUCCCUGUCCGCGGGUAGCUACGGUAACCGGCCAGCGCCUGCAUCUCGGAUUCUUCAGGCUCGUGUCCCUGGCAGUAGCUGUCCACUUCCAGACAAGCUCUCCCUGGACUCCUUCUCCCCUUCCUCCAAGGCGACCGGCUCCUCCUCAGAACAGUCCUCCCUGGUCUCUGUCUCUGCUGUCAUUCCACCCCGACAAGGGGAGGAGCCUCUGACUCGUGCAGGUACCAGUGGAGACAUCUUAGAUGAUCCAGAUGAGCCGGUCAGUCUGGAGACAUGCAAGGCUCUGACCAGCGAGCUGCAGCGAUGCUUUAAGAGGGCGACCCGUCUGUACAGGAAGGUAAGCGGCUCCUCCUCCGAUGACCGCUCCCCCGGCCAGUGUCAGAUGUCUCUCCUUUUAUCAGAGGCCUUUCAGGCCAUGAGGGCAGAGCUGGACUCUCUGCCGCGCGGCACACCCAGCAUGCAGGGAUUGGAGGGUGGGCUGGGAGGAGUGGGGGAGGUGAAGACGGCGGCUUUACUUGAGGAGUACUCGCUGCUGCUCCUGCAGGCUGUCCACAGGAAGAUCAACACGCCCACCUGAGCUCCAAAUGCGGACCUGCUCUUCAUCAGAGCCUGAUUCUGCAGAGGAGGCCUCUUAAACCCUCUGCAGAUUAAACUUUUGCUAUUUUCUUCCUUUUUGAAUUUCUAUUCUCUCUGGUUUGACACUGGGGAACUGCUAAAUGAAUGGAACUUUUCUCAUCAUGUGGGUCACCUGCUCGUUCAUCCAGCGCUCUUUUUCUGAAACAUGCAGUGUUUUUUUUUUUUUGUCACACAGAAAGCACAGCGGGGGCAAUGUGGGGCUCAGUUUUUGCACUCGAUUACACGUUGACCGGGGGGGGAAGGGAAUCUCAAGAACUCACGCUGGUUUGUGAAUGACAACUCUACCUCCUGAUCUACAGCGGCCCCCAGAAUCAAUAUCAAACUAUGUGUUGGAAGCAUUUUAGGUCAUUCAGUCAGAUGUUCCUUGUUACAAGGACCCUGAUGGUUGCUUACUGUAAUGAGGAAGAGAGGAAAACCAACGAUCAAAGAGCAAUACUUUGUAAAUGUAAAUGUUCCUGCAUCUGCAUCCGAGGAAUUCAGCAUGAUUCCUGUUUGCCUGAAUAACACUUUGUAUUUAUUGUGCUGAUGAGCUGUUACACUACUGAACACGGACUCUGACUCAAACUGACAGUCCUGAUCUGGGCCUUAGCGCACCUUCGGUCACCUUUUAUUGCAGACACUACGGGGCUCUUCUGGAUUCCAUUUGGAAACCUUUGAUCACAGAGACGUCAGAGUCCUGUUUCCAGUUGUUUUUUUGUCACAUUUAAUAAAGGUUUUACAUUUUCUCUGA